AUGCGCACCACUUCACUCCUCACCACUUUUCUCCUCACCACAGCAGCACUGGCAGCACCAACACGGACGCAGUCGCCCACCCACUGCCGCUGCCUCCUCGUCUCUGAUGCCUUGCACCCCCUCGAGACCCCCUCGGCCGCCCACUGGACACCAGCCAACUGGAAACCCACCGACCCAACACCCAGCGCAUCCCCGUACCACCAAACCCCGGACCAAUGUGAAAACCUCGGCCCCGAGCUGGAGAACUUCCGCCAUGCGAAACCUGACCUGUACGAAUCCUACGUGCGCGACAAGAUCUCAACCACGUCUUACCCAACAACGCACAGCGACACGGAAAUGCCCUUGUCCACCCAAGUCCUGAUGAACCGCGUGUCACGCCCCACCUCACACGCCAACGAGCGCAUUGUGUGCUACGCGGAGCCCGAGACCUUUUCAGCGUACAACGACUCGUGUCUCACCCUGUGGGCGCUGCAGAUCAUCGUCGCCGCCACCAUUCUGGCCUGCGUUGCCGAGGCCAUCCACUUGGGCAUGCGCUGGUUCUUCGGCACCGCCUCCUCAUCCCCGGACUGCGAAGAGAGCCACAUGUCGUCCCAGAAGGCGCUGCGACUGCCUGGUGCAGAGCGCCUGCUCCUUGCCAUUCCCACGCGCGCGAGUGAAAAGGACGACAUUUUCAGCCCUGGCGCAGACAAGAAGACGAAGGCGUACGAGGCCACACGCUACUUUGUCGUCAAGAGCUCGAGUGGGAGGAGAGAGUUCAUUGCGUAUGACAGCGAAGACGAUGAUGAGGCAAACAGGCCCGUCAUGUGA